AUGAGCUCCGAUACAGAUGGUAACGUGAAUUUCUACAACAAUGCUUCCUCGGAACUGUACAAAGAGAUACAUUCUUUCGUGCCAUCAAAUAGAUCAAAUUUGACCAGAGCAAAUGAGACUGAAACGAACAUCUUCAGCCUCAGCCGGGCAGUGCCUCUGGGCAUGGUUUUGGGUGCUUUUAUUGUUUUUGCAAUCGUGGGCAACAUUCUUGUCAUUCUCUCUGUGGUGUGCAACAGGCACCUGCGCAUACCCACAAACUACUUCAUCAUUAAUUUAGCCAUUGCAGACCUGUUGCUCGGAACCACAGUUUUACCAGUGUCAGCGACACUGGAGAUUUUGAAUUACUGGGUGUUUGGGAGGAUUUUCUGUGAUAUCUGGGCCGCGGUGGAUGUGCUCUGUUGCACUGCGUCCAUCAUGAGCCUGUGCGUAAUAUCAAUAGACCGAUAUAUCGGCGUGCGCUACCCGCUGCAAUACCCAAGCAUUGUGACCGAAAAGAGAGCUCUCCUUGCGAUGCUCGGAGUUUGGGUGCUUGCUCUCAUCAUAUCCAUCGGUCCACUACUUGGCUGGAAAGAGCCCCCUUCACAGGACGACACUGUUUGCUUGAUAACGGAGGAGCCAUUUUACGCACUGUUUUCUUCUUUGGGUUCCUUUUAUAUACCCUUGGCUGUAAUCUUGGCCAUGUAUUCUCGAGUGUACAUAGUCGCAAAAAGGACUACUAAAAACUUAGAGGCUGGAAUCAUGAAGGAGCGCAUGGACUCAAAUGAGCUAACGCUUAGGAUCCAUUACAAAGGCUCCCAGGCACAAGAGGACCGCGGUGGGGUGAGCAAAGGCCAAACCAGGAGUUCCAUGACGAUGAAACUGCUGAAAUUCUCCAGAGAAAAGAAAGCUGCUAAAACUCUUGGUGUUGUAGUCGGCAUGUUCAUUUUAUGCUGGUUACCAUUUUUCCUCGCCCUGCCAAUUGGGUCAUUCAAUACCAACCUCAGGCCACCAGAGAUAUUCUUUAAGGUCAUCUUUUGGCUGGGUUACUUCAACAGCUGUCUGAAUCCCAUUAUCUACCCAUGCUACAGCCGUGAGUUCAAGCAAGCUUUCAUCCGUAUCCUCAGGUGUCAGUGCCACCACAGAAAGCAGCCGGGCUGGUGGUCCUACAACUAUCGCUCCAACCUGGGCUCCUCUAGCCAGUGUUAUAUGGACACCCACUCUGUCUACAUGAAUGGUAGCCAACAGACCCUGGCCUCUGCCCAGCCCUGCCCACGAUUCUGCGCAAAUUCAGGAAGCUCUUGCCCCGCAUCGGGUCAUUUGCCAGGUUGGGGUCCUAGAUCAUCCACGUCCUCCUCCUCCCUGUCUGGAGGCCUUUUUCCCGAUAAGCUCAGAGCUGGUCCUUUGGGUUCCAGCCAGCAAGCUGACUAA